AUGAUGCCAGAAGGUAUUAAACAAAAUAAGGCUAGAACAAUUUUGCAGCAUUUAUCUGAAGCAUGGAGAUGUUGGAAAGCUAAUAUUCCGUGGAAGGUUCCUGGAUUACCAACUCCAAUUGAGAAUAUGAUUCUUCGAUAUGUAAAAAUGAAAGCCGAUUGGUGGACAAAUACAGCACAUUAUAACAGAGAACGUAUCCGUAGAGGAGCUACAGUUGAUAAGACUGUGUGUAAAAAGAAUUUAGGUCGUUUAACUAGAUUAUACUUAAAAGCAGAACAAGAACGGCAGCACAAUUAUCUUAAAGAUGGACCUUACAUUUCCCCCGAAGAAGCUGUAGCUAUUUACACGACAACUGUUCAUUGGUUAGAAUCUCGACGAUUUGCUCCAAUUCCAUUUCCUCCUCUUUCGUACAAACACGAUACAAAAUUAUUAAUUUUAGCUCUUGAACGUUUAAAAGAGGCAUACAGUGUAAAGUCACGUUUGAAUCAAAGUCAAAGAGAAGAAUUAGGAUUAAUUGAACAGGCUUAUGAUAAUCCUCAUGAAGCACUUUCAAGGAUAAAACGUCAUUUAUUGACUCAAAGGACAUUUAAAGAAGUUGGCAUAGAGUUUAUGGAUUUAUACUCUCACCUAGUACCUGUAUAUGAUGUUGAACCAUUAGAGAAAAUAACUGAUGCAUAUUUGGAUCAAUAUUUAUGGUAUGAAGCGGAUAAACGACGUUUGUUUCCACCAUGGAUUAAACCUUCCGAUACUGAACCUCCACCUUUACUUGUAUAUAAAUGGUGUCAAGGUGUGAAUAAUUUACAAGAUGUAUGGGAUGUGAGUGAAGGUGAAUGCAACGUAUUACUUGAAUCCAAAUUUGAAAAAAUCUAUGAAAAGAUCGAUUUAACAUUACUAAACAGAUUGUUAAGAUUAAUUGUUGAUCAUAAUAUUGCUGAUUAUAUGACUGCUAAAAGCAAUGUUAUAAUUAAUUAUAAGGAUAUGAAUCAUACUAAUAGUUAUGGUAUAGUUCGAGGUUUACAAUUUUCAUCGUUUAUUGUUCAAUAUUAUGGAUUGGUUUUGGAUUUGCUAGUUUUGGGAUUACAGAGAUCCUCAGAAAUGGCAGGACCACCUCAAAUGCCAAAUGAUUUCUUAACUUUCCAAGAUGUUGUUACUGAAAUAGCUCAUCCAGUCCGUCUUUAUUGUCGAUAUAUUGAUAGAGUUCACAUAUUUUUAAGAUUCACUGCUGAAGAAGCAAAAGAUCUUAUUCAACGCUAUUUAACAGAACAUCCAGAUCCAAAUAAUGAGAACAUUGUUGGUUAUAAUAAUAAAAAGUGUUGGCCUCGUGAUGCUAGGAUGCGCUUAAUGAAACAUGAUGUGAACUUAGGGAGAGCUGUAUUCUGGGACAUUAAAAAUAGACUACCCCGUUCUACAACUACCAUUCAGUGGGAAAAUAGUUUUGUGAGCGUUUAUUCCAAAGAUAAUCCUAAUUUGUUGUUUAAUAUGAGUGGUUUUGAAUGCCGAAUUCUACCAAAAUGUCGAACAAUUCACGAUGAACUUACUCAUAGAGAUGGUAUAUGGAAUUUACAAAAUGAAAUCACUAAGGAAAGAACAGCUCAAUCAUUUUUGAGAGUUGAUGAUGAAUCAUUGCAAAGAUUCCACAAUCGUGUUCGUCAAAUUUUAAUGGCUAGUGGAUCAACAACAUUUACUAAGAUUGUUAACAAAUGGAAUACAGCUUUGAUAGGUCUUAUGACUUAUUUCCGAGAGGCUGUAGUAAAUACUCAGGAACUUUUGGAUCUAUUGGUGAAAUGUGAAAAUAAAAUUCAAACCCGUAUUAAAAUUGGUCUUAAUUCUAAAAUGCCUUCGAGAUUCCCUCCUGUGGUUUUUUAUACACCUAAAGAACUUGGUGGUUUGGGAAUGUUGUCUAUGGGUCAUGUUCUUAUUCCUCAGUCCGAUUUAAGAUGGUCAAAACAGACAGAUGUUGGCAUUACUCAUUUCCGUUCAGGUAUGAGUCACGAUGAAGAUCAAUUAAUUCCAAAUUUAUAUCGUUAUAUUCAACCAUGGGAAUCAGAAUUUAUUGAUUCCCAAAGAGUGUGGGCUGAAUAUGCUUUAAAAAGGCAAGAAGCAAAUGCACAAAACAGACGUUUAACCCUGGAAGAUUUAGAAGAUAGUUGGGACCGUGGAAUACCUAGAAUAAAUACUCUGUUCCAAAAAGACAGACAUACAUUAGCUUAUGAUAAAGGCUGGAGAAUUAGAACAGAAUUCAAACAGUACCAGGUUCUAAAACAGAAUCCCUUCUGGUGGACUCAUCAACGACAUGAUGGUAAAUUAUGGAAUUUGAACAAUUACCGAACUGAUAUGAUUCAAGCAUUGGGAGGUGUUGAGGGUAUAUUGGAACAUACUUUAUUCAAAGGAACCUAUUUCCCAACUUGGGAAGGUCUAUUUUGGGAGAAGGCAUCUGGUUUUGAAGAAUCGAUGAAGUAUAAAAAAUUGACUAAUGCUCAACGUUCUGGUUUGAAUCAAAUACCUAAUCGUCGUUUUACAUUAUGGUGGUCACCAACUAUCAACCGGGCUAAUGUUUAUGUUGGUUUCCAAGUUCAACUUGAUUUGACUGGAAUAUUUAUGCAUGGUAAAAUUCCUACUCUCAAAAUUUCCCUGAUUCAAAUUUUCAGGGCUCAUUUGUGGCAAAAAGUCCAUGAAUCUAUUGUUAUGGAUCUUUGUCAAGUUUUUGAUCAAGAACUUGAUGCAUUAGAAAUUGAAACUGUUCAAAAAGAAACCAUUCAUCCACGUAAAUCAUACAAAAUGAAUUCGUCUUGUGCCGAUAUCUUACUUUUUGCUGCUUAUAAAUGGAAUGUUUCAAGACCCUCGCUUCUGGCCGACUCAAAGGAUACAAUGGACAACACAACUACACAAAAAUAUUGGUUAGAUGUCCAACUUAGAUGGGGUGACUAUGACUCGCACGAUGUUGAACGUUAUGCGAGAGCCAAAUUUCUGGAUUAUACUACUGAUAACAUGUCUAUUUAUCCAUCACCUACUGGUGUACUCAUUGCAAUUGAUUUAGCAUACAACUUACACAGUGCUUAUGGAAAUUGGUUCCCUGGUUGCAAGCCUUUAAUUCAACAAGCUAUGGCUAAAAUUAUGAAAGCAAAUCCUGCUCUAUAUGUUUUGAGAGAACGUAUUCGAAAAGCUUUACAAUUGUAUUCUUCUGAACCUACAGAACCGUACUUAUCAAGUCAGAAUUACGGUGAACUGUUUUCUAAUCAAAUUAUUUGGUUUGUGGAUGAUACAAAUGUCUACAGAGUAACAAUUCAUAAAACUUUUGAAGGAAAUUUGACUACUAAGCCUAUUAAUGGAGCCAUUUUCAUAUUUAAUCCACGUACUGGACAACUAUUUUUGAAAAUAAUUCAUACCUCAGUAUGGGCUGGUCAGAAACGUUUAGGACAAUUAGCUAAAUGGAAAACAGCUGAAGAAGUGGCAGCUUUGAUUCGUUCAUUGCCUGUUGAAGAACAGCCUAAACAAAUUAUUGUUACACGUAAAGGAAUGUUGGAUCCUCUCGAGGUGCAUCUUUUGGAUUUCCCAAAUAUUGUAAUCAAAGGAUCAGAGUUACAACUUCCAUUCCAAGCAUGUUUGAAGGUGGAGAAGUUUGGUGACCUUAUACUGAAAGCUACUGAACCUCAAAUGGUUCUUUUCAAUUUGUAUGAUGAUUGGCUAAAAACAAUCUCUUCUUACACGGCAUUUUCUCGUUUAAUAUUGAUAUUAAGAGCUUUACAUGUCAAUACUGAACGUACCAAAGUUAUAUUAAAACCAGACAAAACAACUAUAACUGAGCCACAUCACAUUUGGCCCACCCUCAGUGAUGAUGAAUGGAUUAAGGUUGAAGUUCAACUGAAGGAUUUGAUUUUAGCUGACUAUGGAAAGAAAAAUAAUGUGAAUGUUGCAUCUUUAACACAAUCAGAAAUUCGUGAUAUUAUUUUGGGAAUGGAAAUUAGUGCACCAUCAGCACAAAGACAGCAAAUUGCCGAGAUCGAGAAACAAACUAAAGAACAAUCGCAAUUAACAGCAACCACAACCAGAACAGUGAAUAAACAUGGAGAUGAUAUUAUUACUUCAACUACUUCCAAUUAUGAAACUCAAACUUUCAGCUCCAAGACUGAAUGGAGAGUUCGUGCAAUAUCUGCAACAAAUCUUCAUUUACGUACUAAUCAUAUAUAUGUAUCGUCUGAUGACAUUAAAGAAACUGGUUACACAUAUAUAUUACCAAAGAACAUACUCAAAAAGUUUGUCACUAUUUCUGAUCUUCGUGCUCAGAUUUGUGCAUACUUAUAUGGUGUGAGUCCUCCUGAUAACCCUCAAGUGAAAGAAAUCCGUUGCCUAGUGAUGCCGCCACAGUGGGGAACACAUCAAACUAUACACGUACCAUCACAAUUACCCAAUAACCAUCACUAUCUCAAUGACAUGGAACCACUUGGUUGGAUACAUACACAGCCUAAUGAAUUACCUCAACUAUCGCCACAAGAUAUAAGCACCCAUGCCAAAAUUAUGUCUGAUAACUCAACGUGGGAUGGAGAAAAAACUGUAAUAAUAACUUGCAGUUUUACCCCAGGCUCAUGCUCAUUGACAGCUUAUAAAUUGACUCCAAGUGGUUUUGAAUGGGGACGACAAAAUACUGACAAAGGUAACAAUCCCAAAGGAUACUUGCCUAGCCAUUAUGAAAAAGUACAAAUGCUGUUGUCUGACAGAUUCCUUGGUUUCUUCAUGGUUCCAGCACAAGGAUCAUGGAACUAUAAUUUUAUGGGUGUUAGACAUGACGCAAACAUGAAGUAUGAAUUGCAAUUAGCCAAUCCAAAAGAAUUUUAUCAUGAGAUUCAUAGGCCCGCCCAUUUCUUGAAUUUCUCGUCUUUAGAAGAUGGAGACGGAGUUGGUGCUGACCGUGAAGACGUGUAUGCUUAA